AUGGCUAUCUCCAAGCAACAAGAGGCAGUCAUUGCUAAGAUAGUCUCCUAUAAUCCAGCUACUUGGUUUCUUGCCUGUGAAUCUGAGGUCCUUAACAUUCCAGAGAAAGAUCGAGUUGAAUUCGGGAGAAUAUUAAUUGAAGCAAUGGACGUUUACAAGUCCAAAGUUCAAAAUGUCAUCCCGAUAUUGAAGAGAGGACCAAACCUCAACCCAGAAGUCAACAUCAGUGCGUGGGCUAUGAUGCAUGCCAGAUUUCUUGCUCGUUUGUUCAUUAAACAUCCAACACUGUGCGAGCGAUUGUGCGUCAAGCUAUCUAACGAGACAUACAAUCCAGGCUGGAAAAGCCACGUUAGGAAGUUUAGAGAUAUAGAAGACCACAAGAACGAAAUAGAGGAACAGGUCGAGGCAGCGUGCCGAGAGAGUCAGUUAUUUUUCAGCACUCAUUCAGGAUACAAUUUCGUUAUCACAAAUCACAGUGUAUCUAGCCGUGACUCUCAGUCAAAGGUGCAAAGUUAUCCUCGAUUUGAAGUUCAAAGUCGCCAAACAGCUGCGCAAUCUUUGUUAGCUUUAUCUCAGAGUGAUGAAGCUCCACGUAGGUAUGAGUCUACCUCAUCGAGUCGACUACCACCUCCUCAAAUUGCCCCUCUUCAAGUUAACGGUGGUCAUGACCAAGCCACGACUUCCAACUCCAAAUCUCACACUGGCGAAAAACACCCCAAACACGUGAGAUUUGCCCUCGCUCUCGAGAAGAGCGCCGCUGCUGAGCUUGGAGCUAUCAGCAGGAUAAAUUUGAACUCCUUAUAUCGUACUCCUCAAGAAAAAGCUCAUCAGUUGCAGCUGGAACGCGAUCUCCAGGCGCAGAUAGCUUCUCAAAACGAUGACCUAUAUGGCGUUAGCGACGACGAACGUGAUCGACCCACCAGUUCUACGAAGCUGAGCAAUGAAAAGAGAGUUGCAAUAUCUAGCAAUACUCGCAGAACAAGUGCACCGAAACCUGCCGUUAUUACCGAUUCCGAUACGGAGGAGGAAAUUCAGCUCACUGCCAGCAAUAAUGACAGCAAAGCCAGAGCUAAUGAUACUCGACAACGAGUCGACAGCAAACAAUGUCUCUCGUCCAAAAAUCAAGAAAGCACCUCGAACAAGGCUACAACUCCUAACCGUAGUCCUGGGAUCGAAGACCAUCUUGAAAACGAAAGCUCGUCUCCUGCAGAGUCUGUCGAUGGGGAUAACGAUGAGCGUUUUUCUCUUCGUGAGAUGAUUGAUGCUAUGGAGUUCGUUGCAGAACACCCUUGGAUCUGUGAUCACUUAUUAGUCGAUCACGUCUGGGAUGAGUACAAGCUCUUUCAUGAGUACAACACGGAGGCGCUGAAGGUAGCAGAAGAAGAGAUUGGAGACGCGAAUAGAGCUGCUGCAAAAGAAGCUACACCCUCUGCACACAAGGGGACAGAAGCUGGCUCAUCUAUUACCUCUGCACAUCGCACACGCAGUACGAGCCAGACGUCCAGUUCACCCAGCGUACCUUCAUCGCGUCUUAUAUCUCCACCUCUUUCCACACCGUCUGUUUUUCAAGCGGGCUCAACUGAUGAGGCUGAUGCAAAUGAUAAGACUGCUGCUAAAGAGCAACAGGCGAUUACUGCAGCUUCCAAAGCUAAAUUUGUGAAUCGUAACUUUCAACUCCAAGUUGCUACGGUUUAUCGUGCAUUGGGUGUGGUUCCCACAGUUACAGGACCCAUUCCUUCUAAUCAUCCACCUCUCAAUCUGGUUCAAUCGUCUGAAAGUUUUGCUCCUACCGAAAAUGCACUGCCACACCAAGGAAGAUCACCUGCAUCCGAUAGAUUUGCUUCUGAUCACAAUCUUCCUACUCGUUCGCAGUUAUCGAUGGGUCAAUACAAGGCAACCAAUCCCAUUGUCGAUGAGAAUACCAUCAUUGUCGAUACUUCUUCACUUGUGCCGGCCCAUGUCUAUUCUGUUCCUGAUCACAUCGCGCCUCCACGUCGUGGUCGAUCAUCUGAAGAAUUGGUUCCCGCUUAUGCUCCACCUAAGCGUCGUUCUCAAUCAACAGUCGGACAAGCAAGCGUGUAUUAUGGUAAUGAUGCAAACCAUUCCACCAGCUCUGAUAGAGCAAAGAAGAGCCUCGCUCCUACUAUGAAUCGGGCCCAAAUGCGUGAAAAGUUGCAGGUCGCUGCCGUCUACCAAUCGCUCGGACGCCGAAAUGCGAGAUCUUCUGGAAAUUUCGGAAAUGAUGGAGCUAGGGUUGAGAUGGAAGAAGAAGUACAAAAAGUCUUCCCCGCAAUCCAUACCCAUAAAUCUGAAAGAACACGUCGUGGACAGGAUGAUGGUCUUCAUAAAGGACCUCAUGGUCGUCAUAUACCAUCCUUUGGACUUCAAGCAAAUGUCCCUGAGAUCUUUGCUCAAAAUCGAUCCCUAAGCCCCCACGGAGGAGUCGGCGCACCGAGUGGCUUCGGUUUGAACCCAUUCGUGAGUCAAAACAUGGAUUUUGGAACCGGUCUAGCAUCUCGAAGUCGUACAGCCACUAUUGCUGGUCAAGAUCGGGAAGGAUUUGCUGUCAAUCAAACUCACAACGAGCAGGAGAUGGGGUUUGCAGGAGUUGACCUUUCUGGUAUUGAAAAUCGCACUUCGAACCAUCAGAUUCCUGAGAUGUAUGGAGUAUCUCAACCUAUUGCAGCUCUUGAUAAUCCGCAAGAGGAUUUUUGGAUCAAUCGCGGUAGUUUUGGUGAUUUUGGACCAAUUGGCAUAGGUCUAAACAUGGAUGUCAAUAUGGAUCUAGAUGCAGAUCUUUUCCCAGCUCUCGACUUCAAUGAUGUCCACCGCUCAGGAACUCACCUUGCUGGUUUCAGAGGCGACUACAAUUUGGAUUUAAAUGAUCAAGAUAUGCCAUUUCCCGGUCCAAGAAGAUCCUCUCGUCAUCUUGGUGAUUUCAAUCCCGAUGCUAAUUCUUCUGGCUUCGGUGGUAUGAAGCAACCUUUCGACAGUGCCAACCAAAACAUUGAUGAUAUGGACCAAGCUCCUGCUGACUUUGAAGGCAUGGAUGAGUUCAUGUUCCAUAACACACCUCUUGCACAAAUCAAUGCUGGUCUUGGAUUCGGCGACAUGAACCAAACCUCUGAUCAAUCCGGUAGAAUGGAUCCAGUUGAUGUUCCGGAAAGACCACGUCGAGAAAGAGCUGGUACAAGAAGCCAGCCAGGUGAGGCGGUCGUUCCAGUAACACCUAACCGUACUCGUGCUAGCACUAGAAGCCAAAGACGGUAUGAUUUGUCGGCUAGAGGUGCCAAUUACUUCCGAUUCCAGGAUACCGGGUCGGUCGAAGGAGACGAUGGAAAUGAUUAUAUUGAUGAAGGGGAUGAAGAAGAAGUUGACGAGGAGAUUGAAGAAGACGAGGACGAUGAAGAUGGCUUUGAAGGGGUGAGUCCUAGUAAGAGAGCACGUAACCGCAAAGACUCUUCCAGAGGUUCAGCGAGAAGUCCAGCUAAAGGUUCCGCCAAGGGUACUCCAAGAAAGUCAAGAAAAACCCCCGUCAAGAAAGGUCCCAAGGUCGCAUUCAAUCCUCGUCCAGCCUCAUCACCUUCUACACUUGAUCGUGGUCCACCGCGGAGAUAUCAUCAAACUACAAUAAAUCUCUCGCCCGGUGCUUUGGGUCCCCGGCUUAAUCUUGAGAUUUCUGGGCGUCAGAGAAGAUUACCAUUCACGACUGUUGCUCAGGAUAGGGCACAGCUCAAGAAGGAAUUUGAGAUGGACCCUGAGGAUCAGGAUUUGUGA